ACCACGUUAAACUGGAGAAACAAAAAAAGUACUGCAUGACGCAUCUAGUGUAGCUGGGAUGUAGCUCCUCAGAUUUGAGGCGCAGUCUCAAAUUGCUUUGCGAGCCAUUGUGGGCUAUCCUGAGAGGCUUACAAAAUCCUAGGGAAUAAUUUAUGUAAAAGGAUUUUCCGCCGAGGAGGUAAGCAAGGAUUAGCCGAGACCUUGGAAUCCGAGUCGGCGACAUAAAUGCAAGACAAAUGACGCUUGUCGAUGAUGAGUAAGAAGCUUGCUGAUCAGACAUCGAAUGUAACUUGGGCCACGGUACGGACUUAUAAAAGCCAGCCUUCUGCUACUCCUUCCAACACAGAUCCUCCUCUACCUGCACCUGCCCUGUCAACAAUGUCGAUCCCAGUGCACGAAUCCCAACAACGCCAAGAGCACCAAGAGUCCAGCGACAUUGACUCCGACGCCAGGUCUUCCAUAUUCAACUUUGACGACGAUGAGGACGAGCGUGACCGCGUCGAGCCUUCCUCUUCCUCCUUCGAUAAAUCGUCCAUCGCUCAUCUCAUCUCCACCCACGGCUCCUCUUCUUCCACCGCUUGGCUCGAGUUCUCUCGCUACAAAAUAUGGCAAGCACCCGCCUCUUUCCUCGCCGAGAACCCCUCUGCUACCUUCCUCCCCAUCCAAGGCUACAUGCAACACAAACAUUACAUCUUUGCAUGGGGUAACCCUAUCGUCUCCGACGUUUCCCUUCUCGGUCCCACUGCCAAGGCCUUUGCGUCGUGGGCAGUAGACGAACAAAAAGCGAAACCCGUUUGGUGUUGUGCCGAUCUCGCUCUCGAGACCGUUUUAGCCAACAACGAUAAAGAACGUGGUCUCGGAUGGUCUACGGUCGAGUGUAUCCACGAGGAAGUACUCGAUCCAGAUCAUAUCCUGGAAUUGACGAACGCGAAGGGGAAGGAGGGCGUCGGUGCAGUCAAGGAUUUGAAAAAGAACCUUCGGAGAGCAGAGAGAGCUGGCGUUUCAGUUGAGGAAACGACAGAAAAUUGGUCGCAGCAUGACAGACAGGAGGUGGAAGAUGGUUUACUUGAGUGGCGAAAGAGUAAAGGUCUGAAAGGUGUCCAAUUGGCCUCUACCACUGGACUUCCAUGGAUAGAUGAACAGCACCGUCGAUAUUUGGUCGCUCGCCACGAGGGUCACAUCGUCGGGAUUUUGAUCCUCACUCCCAUUCACGGGCCGUACCAGCCUCCUGCCUCCGAGGUAUCAUCCGUACCUGCUCCAGCCCCAGCCCCAACCACAUCUCCGCUCAAACAGAAACGAAAAUUCUUCCUUCGGCACCACAAGUCCUCUCCAGAGACAUCUCCCGAACGAGAGUCUUCCCAAUCCACCUCUUCGUCGGAUUCUGAAUCACCCAUUCAAUCACCCAUAUUCUCUUCUCAUAGUCUCUCCUCAUCUUCCUCCUCCCUCGACACUGAUUUCUCUCUCCAUAUGGAGUCCAAGUCCGCUUCCACCUCGCCCUACUACCUCAUCAAAAAUGCCAUCUCUUUCCCUUCCGCACCCCGAGGCACGUCUGAACUCCUCAUCCACACCUCGCUUGAGCUCCUUCAAAAAGCAUCGCCUUCACGACCUCCCAAAGUCACCUUUGGUAUAACAGCAUCUGACACCCUUCAUCCGAAAGCCAACCUCUCGGGAUGGAAGAUUGCUGGGCUGUCGAAGGUGUAUUCGAAGGUAGCCGGUACGGCCGGAUUACUGAAACGAGGCGAUUUCAGAGCCAAGUUUGAUUCUGGAAGGGUGCCGAUGUAUGUUUGUUAUUCUACUGCAGACGGCGGAUUUGGGAUUGAGGGUGUCAAGGCGUUGUUGAAGGUGUUGAAAAAGUGAUCGCUAUCACUUCCCCUGUUCGUUGCGUGCCUAUACCAUAUAUCAUUAUUUUGAUGUUUCUUUUUGUGUAUGAUGUAUAAUCGAUAUCUUACCUGAUUGUAAAUAUUAUGUGUCAUCCCUUCCUUCGAUACCAUAUUUGAUUCUCC